UUUAAAUAUGAAAAGAAAGCAGAUAAAAUUUCCCAAAUGAGGGAGUAUCUCUUGAAAGAGCAAGUCUCAGCAUUAUCUUCAUGCUCAAAAGAUCUACGUGUGCUCUCUUCAUAAGGACACAGAGUACUCUGUGAUCCCAUCUCUGAAUUCUGAAGUGAAUUCUAUUCCUUUGAUCACCCCUGAUUCUACGGAAAUGUUGCUGAAAGUUAUUGAGCAGUGUAGGAAGGAGUUAUUAAUAUCACCACAAAGCCAUGGAUAUCUUGCCCCACAAGAAGAAUAUGAUGCACUUGACUCCACUAUCAAAGAAGGAAUGAAUAGGAUCAUUUCAGGGAUCAAGACCUCCAUAACAAGAAAAGAGUUCUAUAAGUUUGAUUCCUUGUUCCGUGAAGCUAAGCAGCUCGAAGAUCUAGUCAAGAAUGACCAACUGUUCCUCAGAUACUCUGCUGUCAAGAACUGGAAGGAAGCAUUCUCUACUAUAGAAGAGCACAUUGGUAGGAAUGUGGUGCUUGUCUCAAAGGAGCUUAAAGAGAAGUACCAGGAUAUAUUUUAAAGCAACAAUCUCGAAGCUACACGACCAGAGACAUCGUAUUCAAACGCAGAAGGAUCAAGAAAUAGCUACUCUUAACUCCAAGCUCACUGAAAAGAAGAGGAGGAUCAAAGAACUUAAAGAAGCCUAUAACUGCCUUUGUAAUGAGCAGGAGGAACAAGAAAAGACUUAUCAAGAAAAGAUUCAGCAGCUGAAACAAAAUCUUGUUGCUCUUGAAGAGGAAAGUAAUGCAAAGAACCAGAAGGUAUUUGAGCUGGAGAAGAAGAAUCAGAAACUUACUAGAAAGCUUGAAAAAGAGAGAAUGAAGAGUCAGGCUCUCAAACAAGAACUUGAACUACGCCGUAAUGACUACUCCAAAGAAGAGUUUGCUUCUCUCUGCUCUGAUGUCAAUGAAGAAACCUCAUCAUGGUUUGGGGGAAAAGAAAAGAUUGUAGAUUUUGGCUCUGAGGGAGCUAAGCUUUGAUUUGAUUUGAAGAAUAACAAGCACUCCAAACUUGUGAAAAUAGCUGAGAAGAAGAUUCCAGAUUUGCAAGAGUUUGAAAUUAAGUUUGCUCCUUCUACCAACAAAGGGGUUGUCAAGUCUUUUAUGCAAUACUCUUUCCCAAAUAAGGUCGGGAAGUUUCGUCUAUACAAUUCAAGCAAUAAAAUAGCUUCGAUUGACAUUUUCAUUGAUGUAUUGGUCAAGAUAGCUCCUUCGGUGGAAAGACAGUUGAGUAUCUAUAAUUUUGAAAUCAGCCAAAAGAGCCUAGUGACACUUCUGUCAAAAUACAAAGGGAAGAUUUGAGUAGGAUUCGAAUGGUGUAAACUAGGUCUUUCUUCAGUUACUGAUAUGAGAGAGGUUCUAAAAGGAAGUACUUUGAAGGUCUUAAGCCUAUGGAAAUGAGGAGCCUUUGAUAGAGGCAACUGGAAAGAUAAACCCUCUCGUUUUGAUAAUCUUUUCAAUGGACUUUCUCGAUCAGAUGACUUUAGAAAUAACUUAGAAGAAGUUGGAAUGCAGGACUGAGGAAUAACCAAAGAUGUCGCUCAACAUGUGCUGAACAAAUUUGGCUUUACUACAGUUCAAAUUCAUAUCUAAAUCUUUGCUUACUCUAAGCCAACCUUCUACACCUCCUUUUAGAUACCUGAAUUAAUCCUUUGAAAUUUCUUUUCUACUUUAAUUUCCUUCAAAAUCCUCUAAAUCCUUUAUUUUAUCUAAUUUCAACCUUAUUUUCCAUAUUUGG